CUUUACACGUUUUAUGGUGGAUAUUCUCUGCUCCUAAACUUUUUUUAGCAAUGGCUUCGAAUCUGACGUCAUUUACAACAGCGCCACUUGCGGUCACUUUUGGAACUAAAAUAUUAGAAUGAAUUCAAUCAUAGAGACCAAAUUAAUUACAAUCGACAUAAAUACUGAAUAAAAAGUAAGAUGUGAAUAUGUCUUAGAAAAAGAAGUGGUUAUUGCAGAUGAAUGAUUUCAGAAAAGCUUGGAAAGCUAAUAUUUACUGGAACCAAGGUGCUCGUGACGUCACUUUAAACUGAGGUUGUAAAGUGUAAAUGAGGUGUCAUUUACUCAUCAAAUUAUUCAAUAAUUCGUGUAAGAAAACCAUAGUAUUUGAUACUGAUGCAGUUCCCUUUUCAAAAUAAUUCAUUUGUUAUAAACUACUGCACAUUCAAUAAAAAAAUAUCAGUGGUAAUUGUGAAUACUUCGUCCCACUUUAUUAUGUUUAGAAAAAACCAAUAUGGCGACGGAAGCUCUGAGAGUUGCAGAAAAUCAACAAGACUCAAUAGAAGCUCUCAGUCGCGAAGCAGAGCUACUAAAGACAAAGCUAGAAGAAGAAAAGGCAAAGCUAAAUGACGUUGAUUUGGCUGUUGUAGCACAAAGACUUGAAAAUGUGCCUCCCUUAAACAUCAAGGUUCGCAGAGUUUUGAAAGGUCAUCAAGGCAAGGUGCUAUGCAUGGGAUGGUCUACAGAUAAGCGUCAUAUUGUUAGCUCAUCUCAGGAUGGCAAAAUGCUUGUUUGGGAUGCAUUCACAACAAAUAAAGAGCAUGCAAUAACAAUGCCUACCACUUGGAUUAUGGCUUGUGCAUAUGGUCCUUCUGGCUCAGUUGUUGCUUGUGGGGGCCUUGACAACAAGUGUACUAUUUAUCCUCUGUCUUUGGAAGAAGAUCCAGCUACUAGAAAGCGCACAAUUGCAACUCAUACAAGCUAUCUUUCAUGUUGUCGCUUCACUAAUUCCGAUAACCAGAUUCUGACAGGAAGUGGUGAUAGCACCUGUGCAUUAUGGGAUGUCGAGAGUAGCACUAUGAUUCAAAGUUUUCAUGGACAAGCGGGUGAUGUAAUGAGUCUCGAUUUAUCUCCUUCAGAAAGUGGAAACACAUUUGUAUCCGGGGGUUGUGACAAAAUGGCCAUGGUGUGGGAUAUGCGCACAGGGACUUGUGUUCAGGUGUUUGAGGGGCAUGAUUCUGAUAUCAACUCUGUAAGGUUCUACCCCAGUGGGGAUGCAUUCGCAACAGGCUCAGAUGAUGCAACAUGUCGACUGUUUGAUCUGCGGGCAGAUCGAGAGGUGAACUGUUACACAAAAGAGAGCAUCAUUUUUGGCUGCAACUCUGUUGAUUUUUCCCUAAGUGGACGUCUUUUAUUUGCUGGUUAUAAUGACUACAACAUCAAUGUUUGGGAUGUGCUAAAAGGCACCCGCAUACAGCUGCUGUAUGGGCAUGAGAACAGAGUUAGUUGUCUGGGGAUGUCCCCAGAUGGCACUGCUUUAUGUACAGGAAGUUGGGACCACACUUUGAGAGUAUAUGCAUGACAGUGAGACGCUGCAUUAGGAGAAUAUCAACUCAACAUUAUAAAUUAUGCCAACAAACAUUGUAUAUAGGAAAUAUUAGAGGUAGUGGAAGGGACAGAGAGUGUUCAGUUCAACAAUUUCAAAAAUCCUACUUUUAAUCUUUGAAAAAAAACUUGUUUUUUUUAGAGAAUAAGGCAGGACAUUGAGUGAUGAGGGCAAAAAGAUAUUUGUAAAAUGUUGUGCUUUCAACUCACCUUUAUCCCUUCUACUGCCAUUAAUGGGUGAUUAAUUAUCUGUUAGAAAACAUUUCAUAUCUGCAAUUAUAAGUUACAGUCAUUUAGUUAGCCCAGUGUGGGUAACUAGUCUAGGGUAUGAUACAUUAUUUACAUUAUUUCUGAUACCUUAGUUUCUCUGUGUGUUCUCAUUAAUUAUGUGAAACUAUUGCAUAAAGGGUACCAUGAGGAAUAUAUGAUCAGUGGUUAGAGUUACACAUCAGGUUUAUUUGCUUUGCAUUUUGACAAAAAAGCUCGUAACGAACGAUUUUUGAGGUGCUAAAAUUAUAGGCAAGAAAUCCUUCGUUAUGAAGCUUUUUGCAAAAAUGCUUCACCAUGAAGCAAUUUAAGCCCCCUAUAUAAGGGGUAUCAGAGAGACGAUAUCUCAAAGAGGAUAAAAAUAGAAGUAUUCACAGAGAUAAUGAACUAUUGGGAAUUAAGUAACGAACUGGUGUACUGAUGAAAUAGUUAGGACAUGUUUAAUUGAGGCUGGAGGGAGGAGGCAAAAAAGAAUCAGUGCAAUUGUAGUGAAAAAACUAUAGUCCAGGAAGUUGGUCUUGAAUAAAUCAUAAAUCUGUUACCAUUUCUGGUAUUAUUAUUGAUAUCAUUUGGUAUUUGGGAAAGCCUAAUCGGAAUGUGAUUUAAGCAUCAAUGACAUUUUUAUAUGUCCGAGAUAUUUAUCCCUUGUAUGGUAGAAUUUUAGUGCGUAAUAAACCAGGUUACUCAAAUGCUUGUAUUUUAAACAUUCUAGUCAGAGAUGAGCUUGUAGUUGCAUUUAUUUACUGUUGUUUAUAUUGAUGCUGUUAU